AUGGCUAUGAUGAUGAAGGCAAUGCGUGAGACGAUUCAGAUGGUGGUACCUCAGCAACCCAGUAAUCUUUAUGGCCCACGGUUUGACAGUUUUCUGCAGAGGUAUUUGCCAUCGCAAUUUGAAGGUGGGGGAACUAUAACGAACCCGGGUAUUUGGAGUUACGAAGGUGUGGCUGGUGCACAUAUUGUGUUUUCUGGCUUGUGCUUUUUAGCAGCUAUCUGGCAUUGGGUGUAUUGGGAUCUAGAAAUAUUUUCUGAUGAACGUACAGGAAAACCCUCUUUGGAUUUGCCCAAGAUCUUUAGAAUUCAUUUAUUUCUCUCAGGGGUGGCUUGCUUUGGUUUUGGCGCAUUUCAUGUAACAGGAUUGUAUGGUCCUGGAAUAUGGGUAUCCGAUCCUUAUGGACUAAUAGGAAGGGUACAAGCUGUAAAUCCAACAUGGGGCGUGGAAGGUUUUGAUCCUUUUGUUCCGGGAGGAAUAGCUUCUCAUCAUAUUGCAGCGGGAACCUUGGGCAUAUUGGAGGGUCUAUUCCAUCUUAGUGUCCGUCCGCCCCAACGUCUAUACAAAGGAUUACGUAUGGGAAAUAUUGAAACCGUCAUUUCCAGUAGUAUCGCUGCGGUCUUUUUUGCAGCUUUUGUAGUUGCUGGAGCUAUGUGGUAUGGUUCGAAAACUACCCCGAUUGAAUUAUUUGGGCCCACUCGUUAUCAAUGGGAUCAAGGAUACUUUCAACAAGAAUUAUAUCGAAGAGUUAGUGUUGGGCUAGCCGAAAAUCAAAGUUUAUCUGAAGCUUGGUCUAAAAUUCCAGAAAAAUUAGCCUUUUAUGAUUACAUCGGCAAUAAUCCGGCAAAAGGGGGUGUAAUCUACUCGCUAUAA